GGGACCCGGAUGGCGGAUGUUUCUUUGCCCGGACGGGGGCUGUGAGCGGCGCCGGGGCCUGGGCAGGGCGGCAGCGGCCGGCCAUGAGGCUGGACGAGCGCACGGCCGCCGGCCCGCCGCGCCUUCUUGCCCUGGAGGCGGCCCGCCGGCCCCACUAGCUCCUCCCGGGGCGCGGAUGCGCCUCCCGGGUCGGGGUUCGCCGCCCCGCGGCCGUUGAGGCGGGCGACUCCCCCCCCCCCCCAGAGCGCGGCAUGCGAUGGGGAACUGCUGCUGGACCCAGUGCUUCGGGCUCCUCCGCAGGGAGGCGGGACGGCUGCAGCGCGGAGGCGGCGGAGGGUCAAAGUAUUUCAGAACAUGUUCCACUGGAGAACACUUUACAAUAGAGUUUGAGAAUUUAGUAGAAAGUGAUGAAGGUGAAAGCCCAGGAAGUAAUCAUAGACCUCUGACUGAUGAAGAAAUUGCAGAUCUGAGAGAGAGACACUAUGAUUCUAUUGCCGAAAAGCAGAAAGCAUUCGAUAUGAAAAUUCAAACAGAGUUAGCCUUACAAGAGGAGAAGUUAAGACUAGAAGAAGAAGCUUUAUACGCUACACAGCGUGAAGCAGCCAGGGCAGCAAAGCAGCGAAAGCUCUUGGAGCAUCAAAUGCUACAGAGGAUUAAGCAGCGACCUCACCCUUCCAACAAUGGAGAUUAUCAAAGCUCGGGAGCAGAAGAAGACUUGGAUUCCCAUUUGAGAAAUAUAAAGUCACAGUAUGAAGUUUUUCGAAGUAGCAGACUUUCAUCCGAUGCUACCGUUUUGACGCCAAACACAGAAAGCAGCUGUGAUUUAAUGACCAAAACAAAAUCGACAAGUGGGAAUGAUGACAGUACAUCUUUGGAUCUGGAGUGGGAAGAUGAAGAAGGGAUGAACAGAAUGCUGCCGAUGAGAGAGCGCUCCAAAACGGAAGAAGAUAUUCUCCGGGCAGCCCUAAGGUAUAGCGGCAAGAAGAGCGGAAGCCACCCUACCUCAGCUUCUGAUGACUCUAACGGACUGGAGUGGGAGAACGAUUUUGUGAGUGCCGAAAUGGAUGACAACGGCAACUCGGAGUACGCUGGAUUUGUGAAUCCCGUGCUGGAACUCUCCGUCUCUGACGAGAAGAAAUCCGAUGCUGAUCAGCAAGAUAGAUAAGGGUAAAGUGGCGUGGUCCACUGACCUGUCGUAACCAAAUGUCGGAAGUUAAACAGGAUGCGGGAGUGUUUGUUCUCGGCCCUUUUUGUAAGGGGGAGGGAAGAAGCCGUGAGCGUGACAUGGAAUUGAUAGGAUCUAUCUGAAUUAAUUCAGAAUUAAGUGCAAUUUCAUCAUCUACCUUCCAUUUUUUAGAAAAAGUUGGUCGAUGCCAUCGUGUUAUCGGAUGUGACUUCACGUUAAACCGUCUGCACUAAUCUAAGCAUUAGUUUGACAGGUGUACGUUUGAACUGGCCGUUUUCUCUCCAGGUAUAGUUCUGGUUUCCAUUUUUAAACUCACGAAUCUAAAACUUCGGACCAUCCGGUGAUAUUAUUUCAGUAUCUGAAUGUGAAAAUCUCUUAAAUCGCUUACGUUCUGCAUUCUUGGGAGGUAUGAAGGGGGUAGUGAAGUGGAAGUUAGCAAUUUCAGAUAUGAUUUGUCUUGUGAAAGCUUCCUCCAAGCCAGCCUUACUGAUUUCCCUCAUUUACUUGACUGUUGUCAUCUCCUACGAAGCACAACUGGUUGAGUAAUAUUUGCUGAAGGAAUAGUAAAACAUCAAUUUCUAAUAACUCCUUUUCCACAUGGUCACUACAUUUAGUGGGAUUGUCCCUGCUCAACGUGUAUUUUUCAAAAUCAGCAGCUACUUUUACAAAGUUACAGCGCGUGACGCACAAUAAACAUUUCACGAAUUCCAUGGAAAAAAAGAAACCUUCGUGUACUGCUGUAAAGGGAUAUUUGCUUGAGAGCACCUUUUACAAUUGUGGUUUCUAAGCCCGCACUUGGAAUGAGUCAGAGGAGUAUUAAAUGAAAUAAUUUUUACACAG